AUGGAGGACUUCGAGUACUUUGCAGAAUUCAUGAAAAAAUUGCUAGCGGAAGAAGGAACAGGUGGUAUGAGCGCGGGUGUUUUAUUACAAAGAGUAACGGAAAGGGUCAAGGAUAUGCUGGAUGAUAUGGUAGAAAAGGCGGACAAUGAGAAGACAGAGUGUGAUGCUGUUGACGGAGACGGAAAACCAAUAUUGAAGGAUGACAUGAGUAAAAAUUUAUGUAAAAUUUUAAUCAGAUUAUUCUUCUGGAUAGCUAGAUUAAGACAGAAGGGGAUUAAGGGCGGGGGCAAGGGGAAAAUGUGGGAAUGGAUAAAAACAGUGUUAACCGAUUCAACUGAGAAACAUGUACAAGAUUAUUUAAGAUGUAUAAUAGGAAAAAUACUUAUAGUAAAAAUGUUAGCAGCACAUUGUGAUCCAAGCAAAGUGAUUCCAAUUGUGCAGAACGCAGUAGACAAAACCAUAAAGGAGAAGAAGGCGGAGAAGGAACAUAAUAAAUGUAAAGAAAUGGAUUAUAAAAGUUUAAGUAUUGGGAGGAAAUUUUUUUGGGCGGAAAUAGAGGACUCCAUAGGGAAGGAUACGAAGGGUGGAGGGGAAAGUAUUAAGAAGUUAAUGGGGAAGCAGGACUGCGAAGGGGGAAAUGGUGAUGGGUUGACGAGGGAUAAGAAAGCAGGGGACAAGUGGAAGGAUAUUAUUGAACUGCUCGGAUUAGAGAAUGAGAGUCAGAUGCAACAAUUGAUCACUGACAAGACUACAUGGUCAAAGGGAUCAUGGACCAGAGCACUAUGUUACAUCAAAGGUAAGGAUGAGAUUAAGGACAUAGAGGAUAUAUUAAAGGGCAUGCAUGAUCAGGUGGACGGAAAAUAUCAGGGACCACUAGCAGGAGCUGGGGGAAGCCAAGGGGGUAUCAGUGCAAGUACUCGUGCCGAGUGCGAUACUAUUGAGGAUACUUCAGCACCAGCACCCCGAAAUCCCUCCCCCUCUGUGGACGCAUCACCAGUCUCGUCAGGGGCUGUAGUUCCUAAUGGUGGAGCCGGAGGAACACAAACAAAACCUCCCGCAUCAACUGAACCCCAAACAACACCACCUGCAUCUCCCGUUUCCGUUUCCGAUCCAAGUUCCGUUUCAAGUUCCACUUCGAGUUCAAGUUCAGGAAAUUCCUCCAGCUCCUCUAGUAUCCCAGGUGCUAGUGGUCCCGGUCCUCCAGCUCCUGGUGGUGGUAGUGGUGAUGGGAGUAGUGGUGGCAGUCCACCUGCUGGAUCAUCAUCAUCACAACCAUCCACUCCUGCCGUUCCACUAGCCCCUCCUGCAGCUCCUGUUAAUGGUGAUGGAGCUGAAGGGGCCGGGGUACUGGGUGGUUUAGUACCAGGUGCUGGUGGGGUUGUACCUGGUGUUCCAGGGGUAGGUGGUGUGCCAGGAGUUGGUACUCCAGCAGCUGCACCUGCGGCUGGUACUCUUCCUGGUCCAGGUGGUGCUGCUGGUGACAGUAGUGGUCUGGCUGCUGCGGCAGCAGGACAGAAUGAUGCUGUGAGUACAACGGAUAAUGGACCUUCUGUUGGUCAAAUAUUUUGGGGGUUGGGAAGGGGAUUAUCCAAUAUGGUGCAAGGAUUAUUUUCGUCAGUAAUUCCCUCAGCUAUACAUGGGGCAGCAUCUUCCGCCCUUAAUACUGCUUCCAAAGUAGUACCCCCCGCUAUAAAAAUAGCUGAUAAAGCUGCAGAAGUUGCAAAAGCUGCAAAAGAUGCUCUUUUUGCCGUUAAUGGUGGAAGCCCUGGUUCUGGUACUUCACCAACUUCUCCUGGUGGUACUGCAAGUACUGGUGCUGAUACUGGUGGUGUUGCUCGUGUUGCAGAACCAACAGCAGCUACUGAGGCAGCUCUAGCACCUGUUGCUGGGGGCGGUGGUACCGGUGGUGGUGGUAGUGUUUCCACUGGUGGGGUUGUACCUGGUGUUCCAGGGGUAGGUGGUUUACCAGGAGUUGGUACUCCAGCAGCGGCCGCAGCAGAGGCUCCAGGAUCUGCUGCUGGUGCCGGUGGUACCGGUGGUGGUAGUAGUCAACAUACUGGUCCUGUUGGUAGUAGUGUACCAUCUGCUGUUGGUAGCAUAACCGUAAGGCCGCGUAGGACACCACAAGGAGGUAGAACUCCACCUCGACCGAAGGUUGUAGAAUGGGAUAUAAGGAAUGUAAAGGAUGUUAUUAUCCCCUAUAUUCCAAUAAUUCCUGUUGUAUUAGCUGUUUCUGUAUUUGGUUUCCUUUUUUUUAAGUAUUUUGGAUUUUCUGGUCGGCAAAAACGACGUUCCCGACGUGCGCCACAAAUACCGAGGAGUCCUCCCCCUUUGGAAGAACAUAUGGAAAAAGGCGCUCUAACCAUAUCUUAUGCACCUUCUCAGUAUUAUAUGGUUAGAAGACGCCAUCCUCUAUUUAGUACGGAAAGGCAGCGAGCAAAAAAACAUAUCUUAAAAGGAAUAAGCGAAAAAACUAUUAUUCAUGUUCACUUGGAGGAAGUAAAUGAAUGCAAGAACCAAGAACCAAACAAUGGGUCGCCGCCAUUAAUGGAUAAAGUCGAUUUUCUUCAAAUCAUCGUGGAGGAAUUUAUGGGAUCCGCAUAA